UGUUGCCAUGGUGACUGCAGGCUGUGGGAGUCCCUGACAUCCUAACUGUGGCAUCCAUGAUAUUUAUCUGGGGGUGGUGUGGGGAGGUCAAAAACAGUGAUCAAGCAAUCAGGCUUCUUCAGGGCAUACCCUCCAACAUUUCUCCAAUGAAAAUAGGGACGGCUUAUUAUUAUACCCCACCCAUCUGACUGGGUUGUUCCAGCCACCCUGAAUGGCUUCCAGUAUAUAUAAAAACAUAAUAGAACAUUAAAUAACUUCCCUAUACAGGGCUGCCUUCAGAUAAUAAAAAUAAUAAUUAGUUAAUUUAUACCCUGCCCACUCUGGGCUGCUCCCAACAGAAUAUUAAAAACACAAGAAAGCAUCAAACAUUAAAACAUUCCCUAAAAAGGGCUGCCUUCAGAUGUCUUCUAAAAGUCAGAUAGUUGUUUAUUGCCUUGACAUCUGAUGGGAGGACGUUCCACAGGGCAGGAACCACUACCAAGAAGGCCCUGUACCUGGUUCCCUGUAACCUUGCAGUGAGGGAACCACCAGAAGGCCCUCGGAGCUGGACCUCAGUGUCCGGGCUGAAUGAUGGGGGUGGAGAUGCUCCUUCAGGUAUACUGGGCUGAGGCUGUUUAGGGCUUUAAAGGUCAGCACCAACACUUUGAAUUGUGCUCGGAAACGUACUGGGAGCCAAUGUAGGUCUUUCAGGACCGGUGUUAUAUGGUCUCAGCAGCUGCUCCCAGUCAUUAAUAUAGGGAUGCCCUAAGGAAAAGUGGGAGAUUCAGGAAUCAGAAACUUGGAUGGCUUCUGUAAAUCUGGGACUGUCCCUGGAAAAUAGGCACAUUUGGAAGAUCUGGCUGGCAGGGAGUUAAGCAAAAAGAACCCAGAGAAAGAAAUGUUGUUGCUGUGCAUGAAGUGAUGUGUUAGGCACCCUGUGUUUUCUCCAAGAACAAAAUCACCACCUCUCACCAAUAUUAAUACAUCCACAUGUUGCGCUUCCCCACAUUUUUAAUAGUGAGCAAAUGAUUUUUAGGGCUGCAGAAUCCUCCCUGUUGUUUGAAUGUCCAAAUUAGUAAAAGUGGGUAUGGGGUAAAGACUGCAAUUUUGUGUGCAUUCGCAUAGGAAUAAGCCCCAUUUAACACAGUGUGACUUACUUCUACGCAAACACCCACCAUGUUGCAUAACUGUUCUCUUGCUAGGAAACACUUCUCAAGUUGAUGCGAACAGGGGCUUACCCGUGAGCAACGAACAGUUAUUGUGCAAUGAAUCCACACUAGAAAUGGUGACAGCAGGAAUCCCUUCUGAACCAAGAGGAGGAGGAUAAGGAGAGAAGCAGCAGAGAAGCAGCUAUGACAGCAGGGACCCCUUCUAAACCAAACCAUGAAGCUCACUGGAUGACCUUGGGCCAGCCACCAUCUCUUAACCUAACCUAUCUCACAGGGUUGUUGUGAGGAUCAAAUGGGGAGGAGAACCAUGCACACUGCCUUGAGAUCAUUGGAAGAUAAAGAGAUAGAAGCAAGACCCUUCUCCUGGGGGCCUGCCUGGCGUUAGCCUGUGUGCAGUUUGGAUCCUGCAUUUCAAUUGCACCCAGAUGGCAGAAAAUGCAGAGUCCUCUGUGUCUGAGCUGGGCCACACCUCCUUGCAGGAUGAGUUGCUGGGCAUUACAAUCCUGAAGCUACCUGGCACAGACGACGUCCCGCUAUACCACGUCCAUCAGAAGAGCAGCGUGCCGAUCUGCGACAACUUUCUGCUAGGAUGCUGUUCCUUUCGGCAGCAGUGCCCUUAUCAUCAUACCCCGUUUCCCUACCACUGGCAGUGGCGCCGCCAGAAAGACAAAGUGUGGCUCAGUUUCAGUUUCUCAGCUCAGCAGCAUCUGGAGAAGCUCUACUGUGAACAGGAAGUCCCCACGGCGCAGCUGAAGGACAGGAUGGGCAACGUGUAUUUCUUAAACUUUAACACCAUGGUUCUCUCACCGAUGCGGCUGUAUGACCAAGUAAGGCGACUGUCCAACAGCAGCAGCCCUGAUUGCAGUCCCUACCUCUUUACAGAGUGGAAGGCUUACUGGAAUGAAAGCGGUGAUUGGAAGGAAUAUGAUGAGCCUAUCGCACAGGAACUCGUUGCUGCUUACGAGCGGGGCAUGUGGAACCAUGCCUUCUGUCUGCAAGAUCGAAUUUACAAUGUAGACCUCAAACAGUUUAUCCAGCGCAACGUAAAGACAGGCUUCACUCGUGAGAUCACGAUUCGACCCAUCUGGCGCUCAGCUUACAUUACCAUGCGCUGCUUGCGGUCACUUGCUUCACCCCUGACCACUGCGGCUUUCGCAGGAGAAGAUCCUCUAGAUUUGUUCUGUGGGCCUUAUCCUGCAGCCUGCGUCCCGCCACCUCAAAGAGGCUCUUCUUUCACAAUGGCAGAAGUGACUCUGUCGGAAGUAGCCUAUCAGAUGGUGAAGAAGCUGUUCCAUGCCAAGUUGCCCGAGGACGAGGCGCUGGUGCUGGCUAUCUACCGCAUACGCAAUGACCAACUCUGGAAAAAGUAUAUGAGACAGAAGAGGCUCAUGUUCCAGGUACGCUCAGAAGAGGACCAUCCCUCCGUGGAAAGACACCUCUUUCAUGGCACAGCGGCAUCUCGGAUAAAGCCUAUUUGCACAGGCAACUUUAACCCCGGCCUGGCAGGAUCAGUUAACGGCGCAGUUUUUGGCCAGGGCGUUUACUUUGCUAGGGAUGCCUCCUACUCAAACCACUACGCCGUAGCAGCCAAGAACAAUGUGCGUCACAUGUUCCUGGCCAAAGUGCUGACUGGUCGCUGGUGGAAAGGCAGCUCAAGGUUAAGGCGAACUCCCCCCAGGUUUGAUUCCUGCACAGAUUGUAUCCGUGACCCACACAUCUUUGUUAUCUUCAGAAGCUGCCAGUGCUACCCCUACUUCCUGAUUCGCUACAAGGAAGUGAGGACACCUGUAGCUGUGGAUAUGUGAGAAGAGCCUCUCUCCUCCUCUACAUCUCUUCUGCUGUGACAGUCUGUACUUGGGGUCCAAAGUACAUGACUCAGUAAGACUAGUUUUUUCUUUAUUUACAAUGUGCAGCUCGGUGGGUGGGUGGGUGAGGGAGUCUUUAAACCAGGGGUCAGCAAACCUUUUUCAGCAGGGGGCCGGUCCACUGUCCCUCAGACCUUAUGGAGGGCCGGACUAUAUUUUGGAGGGGAAAAAAUGAACGAAUUCCUAUGCCCCACAAAUAACCCAGUGAUGCAUUUUAAAUAAAAGGACACAUUCUUCUCAUGUGAAAACACCAGGCAGCCCCACUAAUAGCCCAGAGAUGCAUUUUAAAUAAAAGGACACAUUCUACUCAUAUAAAAACAUGCUGAUUCCUGGGCCAUCCACGGGCCGGAUUUAGAAGGUGAUUGGGCAGCAUUCGGCCCCCAGGCCUUAGUUUGGGGACCCCUGCUUUAAACCCUUGACCUCCAGUGUAUCUUUGAUCAGGCAUGCCUCCCCAGCAGGUGGUAACGCAUGAUGUGACUGACCAUAACAUGUGCCUUAGCUCUUGGAGAGGAUACAAAAAAACUGGGUUGGGGAACAAGUGGCCUCGCAGGUGUUCCUGGACUUCAAGUCCCAUCAGCCUCAGGCAGCAUGGCUAAUGGUCAGGGUUGAUGGGAGCUGGAGUCCCAACAACAUCAGGAGGCUCACAGUAAGACCUUGCUUGAGUUUGCACAGCCAACUCCAUGCCGGGUUUUCUUCUUCUUCUUCUUUCCUUCACCAUUAGGGAAAUUGUGUUUGAAGGACUGAUCGUAUCUAAAUGACUGAUGACUCUGCUAGGCAUUGCCUGUUCAGACCCCAUGAGCCUUAAUGUAAAAUUAUUGUUGUUAUUAUCAGUACUUUUUUUUUUUCUGGGGGUACUCAAGAGUACGCAGUGCCGACACCUGUGAGUGUCACAUCAUGGUGAGUGCCAGCACAACUUUUUCUUAAAGCACUUUUUUAAUAAUUAUUUUUAUUUUUAUUAUUAUUUGUCCCAGCAAUCUGAUGCACUUUACACUUGUUUAAACUGAAUUGCAUUUGCCAUUUUAUGGCCCAUUCACUCCGUUUGGACUUGAGGCGAGCCCGAGAUGCCAAUGUGUAAAAUGUGGAAUUUGAACACUGAUAUAUUUGUAUCUUCUCUUGUGCCUUUUUUUCCAAUGUCAUUCAAGUUUUUUGUACCAAAGAUAACUUGAAAUGAGCCAAAGAUGCCAAUGUUUUAAAUGUGGAAUUUGUCCAAUGUUUAUAUUUUUGUAUCUUGAAAAUACAGACACAA